AUGCCUAACAGCGAGAAUGCGGCAAGAAGAAAGGCUCGGGAAUUGGUCGAGGAGAUAGAAAAUGAGCACGGCCAUGUCGGCGAAGAGACCCUCAGACAGAUUGACGACCCGACCAUUCGCGCAAAACUUACCAAUGCUCUGAAAGCAAAAGAUGGCAUGAUCGGCUCAACCGUGAUCACGCUGGCCAAAAACCUUUACACAAGCAAUGCUCGUUUUGUGUUCGAGUUGCUCCAGAACGCGGAUGAUAACGAAUACAACAAGACCAAUGACAGCCCUUUCAUAUCUUUUCAUGUCCACCCCCGGCAAAUCGUGGUCGAAUAUAAUGAAGACGGUUUCACACCCGGAAACCUCAGGGCUAUCUGCAAUGUGGGUCAAAGUACAAAGAAAGGUGCUCAAGGUUAUAUUGGAGAAAAGGGAAUAGGCUUCAAAUCAGUAUUCAUGGUGGCCUGGAAGGUCCUCAUCCAGUCUGGAGACUUUUCUUUCUAUUUCCAACAUCGAAGAGGAGACUCUGGAAUGGGCAUGAUUUCGCCCGUCUGGCAAGAACCCGAACAAACUCUGCCAGAAUCAUUGACCCGAGUUACCUUGUUUUUACACGACUCUGGCGAUGCUGCCUUUGUUACAACUCAGCGCCAAUCAAUAUCCUCCCAGUUCCACGAACUUCAAGACACAUUUCUUCUUUUUCUCAAGAAGAUCAAACAGAUCAAUCUCAAGUUCUACAACGAAGACCACAAAAUGACCAAGGAAGUAAUUCAUGCCCUUGAAAACGCCUCCGGGGGUGCCAAAGCGCGUCUUACAAAGGAAACCAUCACAGCCGACAACACGGAAAAAAGUUCUAGGGCCUAUCAUAUUACGAGAUAUGUCGCCACAGACCUUGAGAAAAAUGACAAUCGAGAAUACUCAGAAGCAGAAGAGGCGCAAAAGAAAUAUUCUACAUCCGAGGUUGUGCUUGCGUUCCCAUUGACUUCUGAUUCAUCUCCUCUUCUGGAGGUCCAGGAUGUAUUCGCAUUUCUGCCGCUUCGCUCAGCUGGGUUCUACACUAACAAAAGUUGGUUUCUAAUACAAGCCGAUUUCGUCACGGAGGCAAAUCGACAAGAUGUGAUCACAGCAUCCCCUCGGAAUCUGGGACUUCUGGAUGGUAUUGCACGUGCAUUCAUCAAAGCAGUUCAAGAGUUUUGCGAACAUCCUAAUCUCACAUACCAAUGGAUGAGAUAUCUUCCCGACCCCUCGAACACUAGUUUUCAGCCUCUUUGGAAGCGACUUGUUGACAAGAUUCAGGGCCUUCUGGAAUCAACACCAGUACUACAUUCUCGCAAUGGAGGGGCUCUAAGACUCAUCAAGUCGCUUCGACUUUCCGCGUUCGAUUCUGUGGACAAGGACGGUAAUCCGCUGUGGGACGACAUUGAUCCACCCUGGUAUGUGUCUCGUUCAUAUGAUCGGCAUGAUCUUAAGACUUUGGAGUCUUAUGGCCUUCGAUACGCCAACAUAACGGAGGUUUUGGCACAUGCUAACAGAGACCUCGAAUCGCCACAUUCAAGAAUGAAAGCCUCGAGAGAUGAGGAUUGGCAUACUCGUGCCGCCCAGAUUCUUGCAAUUCCCUUCGUCAAGGAUUGGUAUUCCGAAAAGAUAACCUUGCAAGCAAUGUAUUUGAUCCCGUUGCAAAAUGGUCUAUGGAUAUCUUCCAAGAGUGGUCCGAUUUACUAUGCAAGCAGUUCCGGUAUGCAAAUUCCGACAGACCUAGGUUUGAACUUGAUCAAUCCAACUGCCGCCGGAAACCCUGACAGAAAGACAUUAUUUGAUCAUCUUGGUGCUACGGAGGCAUCCACCGAUCUUGUUCGAAACAAAAUACUUGAACGCUACAAUUCCUACCCAAACGGCGCAAGUGUCAGCCUCCAGACGUCCCGGAUUCAUUUGCAGUAUCUCUAUCUGACCCAGAUGCGGGCGGAUUUUGUCGUCCCAUUCGCCUUCAGCAACGUGUACAUUUACACAGCGUCAGAAGUGCGUCUCUGGCCAAAAUUUACAGAUGUAUAUAAACCCGAUGAAAAUCAGUACGGCGUAAGGGAACUGUUAAUGCCCACGCCGCAAGGUCAAAAUCCCGGGAGCAGUGCACCGGGACUUUCAGUGUCGUUCCUGCAUCAAGUUUAUUUUGAAGACGUCCCAGACAAUCCAGUAGGACACCCUUUCAGCUGGUCGGCUUUUCUUGGGAAGUAUCUCAACAUUCGACUACGACCGAGGCUAGUCUGCAAUCCAGGCAGUGAAUCAGCAUCCUUAUCCAAUAUUACUCGCUACCUUCAACGCUACCGCCCAGAGCUUUUCCUAAACGUCAUUCACUAUUACUGGCAGGGCGAGGGUCGAAAAAUUAUAAUUGCAAAGUCAACCACCACCGAAAUGCGCACAAUGGAAGUCCUUUGCAGAGGGGGUCGCACGAUACCUCUUUUCAAGACAUACUUGCCGACUCCCUUCCUCGAGCGCCUGCAAGCAAGGUACAUGGUUGAUUCGGAGUUUUUCCCGUUUUUGGCGCUGCUGUCUCCGCCAAAGGAUGACGCGGAUUCCGAUGGUUGGAAUUUUCUGAACAAAGAAUUUGGCGUUGGCCGACAUGAUGACCUGGAUUUUUACCUAGCAAUCCUGAACUCCAUUUUGAAUGGAAAUAAGUCUGUCGAAACAAUUCUGAACAUGCCGAGAGUGUAUGGAGUAUAUGACCGCAUCCAGACCAAACUUCUCCUAUCCGAGGAUCAAGGCAGACAACAGGGCAAGGUUAGAGAACUGUUUGAGGCAAGUUCCGCCAUUUUGAUACCAGAAUCCGGAGAACGACAUGCGGCACGGGUUCGACCUAGUCAAUGCGUCUGGGAUGGCCCGCAGGAUAUGCAGACUAAGUACCCAGUGAAAUCGCUGUGUCACUCCUACUUCAUGGCGUCCGAGUCGGGGCCGGGUUCCCUGGAACAAUUUUUCAGAACCACUCUGGGACUUUCCGAUUGUUCCUGGAGCCAUCUUGUGGACGAAGUUAAGUAUCUCAAGGCUGCGUCUUGCAUGGAUUUUGAUAGAAUCAAUGGUUUGUACACUCUCAUUGAUAAAUCGUUCGACAGAGCCAAUGUCGAUGACAUCGAGAAGCUGAGGAAAGCCGUUAACGAGGGUGCAUUGAUCUAUGUCAAUGUUAACGGACGGCAUGAUUGGUGUAAGGUUUCUCAGUGUUUGUGGGCAAGCGUUACGGCAAUAAGAGGUCGAACGACGCUUAACGACCAUUAUGAAGACUUGAAGGGUUUCUUCGUUACUCUCCUUGGGGUUCCAGAAUUAAGCCUUGAUAUGGUGCUGGACGAACUGAUUGAGAAAGGUGCCAGACAUGCACCUGUGGCGGAGAUCAAGGAGACUUUGUGGGCACUGGCCUCCUUCCUAUCCUCCAACACUCCUACCUCUUCCUCAAGAAGAAUUCUUGAGAGCCGUGUCUUUCCAGUCAAGUACCCAAACGGGCAAGUGCUCUUGCGGACGUCAAAGGCAGAGUUCGGAAUAGUGGACCGACAGCAAUUGGGGGAUUCUUUUGCCGGCAAAGCGAGCUUGCUCGACUUCAGCUUGGAAGAUGUCAGGAUGCUGAAGCCAUUCUUCGCCUGGGCUGGUCUUGAAAAUCGCUAUCUCUCUAAAAUGGUUAAAGAGAUAUCUCGAGUUGAAGGCGGCGAUCCCCUGCCCAUAGCGAGUCGAAAUCGCGACAUUGGACGGAAAGCUCGUGGGCUAUUUCGGAUAGCCGCACACUACAACAGUCCCCGUGUGUCGGAGAAUGACUUUUCCUUACAAGAUCUACUCAAGAGCGCUCUUGUCUACGAAACAAACGGGAUCUCGUCCUUGCUAGUUCUAUCUCAAGGUGGUCGCGAAGUGGCGGUCGAAAUUGAAAAGAGCGAACUUCACAUAGGUCCUAACGAAUCACCACUUCAGAUAUAUGUUCCAAGAGAUCCGAGAAGCCAGGAAUUUUGCUUCCUUUCCAAGCUUCCGCCGCGACUUUUUGACUGGAUGAUGACUCACCCGGACACGCAAAUCCGAGAAAAGAUCGAGCCAGAAGCUGUCCUAGUAGUUACCAAGAUCUUGAACGCCAAAUUGUCAUCAGUCGACUGGUUACUGGAAGAAGCUGGAAUUAUAGAAGUUGCUGGCACAGAUGUUACCGACGAGCGAGGUGCAGCUGAACAGUCUGACCAGGAUGAUAGCGAAGAUGCCGAAGAGGAAGUCCUGAGAGCGGACAGUCCCAGUGCAGACUCUCUAAGUGAUGGCUGCAGUGGGCGAGAAGCACUUCUCACGACUACGAUAUCUGAAACUGCCAGAACUGUGUUGACACCACCGACUACUGCAGUUCCUACAACUUCGGUUACACCCACUCCCUCAUCACACCCGCACGCUGUCUCCGAAGUUGUUCAUGGUCAUUCGCGGCACAGAUCAGCCGUUGCAGGCUCAUCACCCCUUUUCGUACAAACGGUCGAGGCAGAGAGGAUGGCUCCAACGCACGCUGAACCGCCGUCUGCUCCUGACCUAGACCCAGAGAUGAUCGACACUUUAGUGGAUGAAGCAGCCCGAUAUUUAGCUCUUCUGGACAACAUUAUCAAGAAAGCCAGGCACACGUCGUUUCCUUCCCUUGGAUCUUUCAAUAUGUCGCGAUUGCUUGUGACUUUGACCGAAUCGGAAAUUUCGCCAGAUCAGUACUGUCUUGACAUACACGCGUUUCGGUCCGCAACACAGCGAGAGCGAGAUUUCAAGGUUGGCGCGGCCGGCGAGCUUUUCGUAUUCGAACUCUUGUCCCAUCUAGAUCCUGACCUGCCGGGAUUUGACUUGCGUAAUUGGCAGAGUACGAUCAGGAAAUACGUCAAAGUGCACCCGCAAUACGCCUUCAUGGAUGACUGGGAGGGUCAGGAGACUGCAGACAUCACCUACGACGAUAAAUCAGGCGUGCUCACUGACCUACUGAUCGGACAAGGCUAUUUGGCUCCCAACCGUUGGCAAGGUCGAAGGCCGAUGUACUACAUCGAAGUCAAGACGACGACCGGUCACUGCGGCAUGCGCUUCUUCAUGAGCAAGCGUCAAUAUAAGAGGAUGCAAGAUCUCUCUGAAGCAGCACAAGACCCCCAUUCUGUCAAUUCAAUUUAUCUCAUUUUUCGCGUCUUCGAUGUCGGCAUGGGCACACCUGGCUUGCGGAUUUAUGUUGAUCCUGAGGCGAUGAAGAGGACCGGCACCCUAAUCUUCACAGCAGAGACCUGGUCCGUUGUCCCUGGUCAAAUUGGAACCUGA